CAUUUUAUUAUGAAAACUUCUCAACAGAGAAGUUGGAAGAAUUGUACAUUGAACACCCGUAUGCUUACCACAGAUUUUACAAUUACUAUUUUGUUACAUUUGCUUUAUCACUUAUCUGCCUAUACACAUCCAUCACUCUAUCCAUCCAUUAACUCAUCCUUUAUUUAUUCUUUUAUUUUUUUAAUUGAUGUGUUCUUUAAUCAUCAAAGCCUUCAGACACUCCUGGAACAAGGCCCUACAACUCACCCAUUGCAACUUUCCACUCAGGGGCAUCCUCAUCCUGGAGCUCAAAAGCGGACAGGCUUUAGAUGCCAGGGGAUUGUUCAUAGGCGUCCUGAAGCCUGGAGGCUGUCAGGGAUUUGUUGGAAGUCACCCUUCCACCCGUGACCCCAGUCCAGGGACUACAAGUCACUGAGGGCUCACUCCAUGCUCCUCUGUGUGCCAGGCCCCUUGCAAGCAUCAUCUCACCAAGGUGUGGACUUCAGAGUCAGAGAGAUGAGGGUUUGGGUCCAGCCCCACCAUGUGUUGGUGGGCGAGCCAUGAUUUCUGAACAAACCUCUCCAGUUUCACAGGGUGGAAUCACUGAGAUGAUUUGCAACUUGCCCGAACCUCCCUUCCAGCUACAUGGCCCUGGCCCUCCACAGCAGAGCUGGCCACACGCUGGACAUGCCCUCCUCCAGUCAGGAACACCCACUGAGUGCUGAGCAGGCUUCUCUGAGAGUCUACCUGGAAGCCCUGAGAGACCCUUUCCCUGAGCCCAGCCACCAGGCUGCCACUAUAAAUCCAAUUUAACCAUCUGGCCCUGGUCCCCAGUACUCAAAACUUGGGAUGGGAGGUGGUUCAGGGAGCCAAUCAGAGACCAGGCCUCAGGGGGUGGAGAGGGUGAGAGCCUCACACCUGGGUCCUGUCUGAUAAGCCCAGGCUUCCCUGUGCCUCUGGGUUGGGGAACCUUGGCCUAAAGGCACCCUUUUUCUGACUGGAGAGUGGGAGGGGGCUGAGCACGCACAGUCGGCCUAGCUUCAGGCCCGUGAGUUUGACCCAAGGAGGAGAAGUCUCAUAAAUAGCCAAGCCUGUCUCAACUGCACACCUGCCACAAUGUUGCUACUCAGACUGACUCUUAGCCUGGUCCUCCUCAGCUCCUCCUGGGGUUGCGGUGUUCCUGCCAUCAAACCGGCCCUGAGCUUUACAAAAAGGAUUGUCAACGGGGAGAACUCAGUGCUGGGCUCCUGGCUCUGGCAGGUAUCCCUGCAGGACAGCACCGGCUUCCACUUCUGUGGCGGUUCCCUCAUCAGCCCAUGGUGGGUGGUCACUGCUGCCCAUUGCAAUGUCAGCCCUGGCUGCCACUUUGUCAUCCUGGGCCAGUAUGACCAAUUAUCCAGUGCCGAGCCCGUGCAAGUUCUGUCCAUCUCAUGGGCCAUCACGCACCCUUACUGGAACCCUGUCACCUUCAAUAACGACCUGACGCUUCUGAAGCUGGCCUCACCGGCCCAGUAAACAGCACACAUUUCACCAGUUUGCCUGGCUGCCCCUAACGAGGCGCUGCCAGCAGGCCUCACAUGUGCCACCACCGGCUGGGGCCGCCUCAGUGGUGUGGGCAAUGUGACACCAGCCCGCCUGCAGCAGGUGGCUCUGCCCCUGGUCACUGUGAGUCAGUGCCAGCAGUACUGGGGCUCAGGCAUCACUGACUCCAUGAUCUGCGCAGGUGGUUCAGGUGCCUCCUCAUGCCAGGGUGACUCUGGAGGCCCCCUAGUCUGCCAGAAGGGAACCACAUGGGUGCAUGGUAUUGUCUCCUGGGGCACUUCCAACUGUGACGUAUAUACACUGGCCAUGUACACUCAGGUUAGCAAGUUCAGCACCUGGAUCAACCAAGUGAUAGCCUACAACUGAGCCCGUGACAAGCCUCCCCAUCUCAAUCCAAUAAAGAUACCAGGCUCUAUCCUCGUGUGUAUUCUUGUCUGUCCCACUCCCCACGUGGACCUGGUCUUCUGG